AUGCUGCGACCUCAAUCACCACCUAGUCCUGUACACCCUGCUCCCAAUGAAGAGAUAAAACCAGGCAGUCUACCGACAACACAAUUACAAAAUGAUGAUCUAGAUUUGAAUCCCGACUUGUAUGAUGACACCAAUGACCAACCAUCACUAACCACUGAAGAUAAACAAGAUGAAGCUAAUUACGACACUGUCAUGUCUCAAGUAUCCCAACUGCACGAAUUUGAUAAAGUUGAUUUGCAAAACCUUCAACAAAUAACUCUUCCUUUCAAUGAAGGUUUCCAACUAUUUAAACUGAGUUUUGAAUCGUACCCCAGUACUAGCCCCAUAUCAUCUGAUCAAAAGUCUAAAUUUAUUAAUUACAUUGAUGAUCAACUAUUACAAAUCCAACGUAAAUUUAUCAAACAACAAUCAACGAAUGAAGUAAUUUACCCAUUUGGUGUAUUAAUUCAAAAUUUAGAUGCGAUUUUUGAUAUAAUUUGGAUAUCAAUAUGUCAUAAACAACGAUUAUUUGGACAAGAAGAAUACUAUAUUAAAAUAAUGGGUGAUUUGGAAGAUUAUGUUGCCCAUUAUUCAACCACCACCACUACUAUUUUUGAAGAAACAUGGCAACUAAAUUCUCAGAAUGAACCAAUCAUGCAAGUUGAUUUUACCAAAAUUGUUGCUGUGUGCAAAUUUUUACAGAAAUUGGAUUUACAAUUAAGUUUAUUGAUUGAUGGAUAUGCUGAGGAUAAUGAUGACCAAGGAGGAAAAACACAACGCUUGAAUGAAACACAAAAGGUACGAUUAAAUAUGUUGGUUCAACGAUUGAGAUUACGAAUUAUUGAAGGUUUUGAGAAGGUGGCAUUACUGGCUCAAAGAAAUGGAUUAAGAGAUGUGUUGGAAGUAGAAGCCACAAGAAUCUUUGAAGGGGUUUUGGAGAGAUUAUUGUAA